AGUUGCGAGAGGGCCAAGAGAACCCUGUCCUCCAGCUCCCAGGCCAGCAUUGAGAUCGAUUCUCUGUUUGAGGGCAUCGACUUCUACACCUCCAUCACCAGGGCUCGCUUUGAGGAGCUGUGCUCCGAUCUGUUCAGGGGAACUCUGGAGCCCGUGGAGAAAGCCCUGAGGGACGCCAAAAUGGACAAGGCGCAGAUCCACGACGUGGUCCUGGUCGGAGGCUCCACCCAAAUCCCCAAAAUUCAGAAACUCCUGCAGGAUUUUCUUCAACGGCGGGAGCUGAACAAGAGCAUCAACCCGGACGAGGCUGUGGCUUACGGUGCCGCCGUCCAGGCCGCCAUUCUGAUGGGUGACACCUCGGGCAACGUUCAGGACCUGCUGCUGCUGGACGUGGCGCCCCUGUCCCUGGGUAUCGAGACAGCUGGAGGAGUCAUGACUUCUCUGAUCAAACGCAACACCACCAUCCCCACCAAACAAACCCAGAUCUUCACCACCUACUCUGACAACCAGCCCGGGGUCCUCAUCCAGGUCUACGAAGGGGAAAGAGCCAUGACCAAGGACAACAACCUGCUGGGCAAGUUUGAGCUGACAGGAAUCCCGCCUGCUCCACGAGGGGUCCCUCAGAUCGAGGUCACCUUCGACGUGGACGCAAACGGCAUUUUGAACGUGUCUGCAGUGGACAAAAGCACCGGCAGAGAGAACAAGAUCACCAUCACCAACGACAAGGGCCGUCUGAGCAAAGAGGAGAUCGAGAGGAUGGUGCAGGAGGCCGACAAAUACAAAGCUGAGGACGAGCUUCAGAGGGAAAAGAUCGCUGCCAAGAACUCCCUGGAGUCCUACGCCUUCAACGUGAAGAGCAGCGUGCAGGACGCCAACCUGAAGGGCAAAAUCAGCGAGGAGGACAAGAAGAAGCUGGUUGAGAAGUGUGAGGAGACCAUCACCUGGCUGGAGAACAACCAGCUGGCUGAUAAAGAGGAGUACCAACACCAGCAGAAAGAGCUGGAGAAAGUGUGUAACCCCAUCAUCAGCAAGUUGUAUCAGGGAGGGAUGCCUGCAGGCAGCGGUGCAGGGCAGGCACAAGCCGGCUCCCAGGGGCCCACCAUUGAGGAGGUGGACUGAAGCCGCCCUUCAUAUGGACUCUAUGGUCACCGGGACUGUUUAACAUUAACUGUAACUACCUGCCUCGCGUUCAGAAGGGCGUUAAUAUGUGAUGAAUAAUUUGUAAAGAUGAACGUUUUCUGUGUUGUCACGACUGUGGUUUAAAAUACAGAUGUUUAGUUUAGUGACUUACUUUUGAAUAUCAAGUGUCCUGUAAAGGUGUUAUUUAUCUCCACCUGGGUGGAAUAAAGAUGCAAAAUAAAUAAACUUAUUUUGGUUUCAUA